AUGACUACGACUGCGACUGUGACUUCUCCUCCUCCGGCCACGACCGCGACUAUCACUUCGACUCCUGAUACCCCGACUAGUCGCUACUCGACGAGCUCCAGCCUGGACUACUCGCUAUACUCCCCACCCCCCUCGUCACACGUCCAAGACCACGACCACGACCACGACCACGACCACGACCACGACCACGACCACGACCCGGUCCCCGACCCUGUCCCCGUCUCAGGCCACGAUCAAACACCGGCACAGGAACCAGCACCAGCGCGCCGAAAGCCUGUCCCGCUGCCGUCACAGCAUGCCAGUCCAGUGAUCGCCGACCCUGUCCUCCCCUCUUCUCCCCUUUCAAUUGAGCAUAAACCCACUCCCAUUCCCACUCCUGCCGCCAGACCUCUAUCCCCUUCGUUGGUGGGAGACGACUCCUUUAUAUCACCGAAGCACCCCAAUAGAUACUCCCGUGGCCGGCAUCCCGCGAUACCCCUCCGUAUAGAUACCGCGCCCACUGCCGCCUUCCUCAGAUCCGUGGUCGAGGACGACGACGACGAGGACGACGACGAAAGCGCCGACUUUUUUUACGAAGAUUACGAGCACCAGUUCACGAAUGGAACCGGCUUCGGAACCCCCCUUCAUAGUCGUUUAGUGAGCGAGCCUUUCAUUCCGAUCCUCAACUCGCCGCCCCCUACCCAACGGCGCGCAACGAGCAUGGCCUUGCACCCACCCAUGCACCGGCCACCACCUCUGCAAAUUGAUGUAGACCCCCGGUCCAUGUCCAUGGGGAAUGCGGACCCCAGACAACCGAAGACACCGGGAAACAAGAUCAGCUCCUUUUUUGGCUGGAAAGCAGCCACCACCACUUCCCCCGGCGCGGAAUCCUCAAGCACCGAGAUCUCCGACGGCGGUCGAUCCCCAAUGCCCUCCCCCAUGCCCCCCCUAGCCAACGUCCCCAUGAAGCCUUCCUCUCCCUACGACACCAAGGCCCCUGGCUUUGGCCCUCCGGCACGAACCCCGUCAUUAGGCACCCUGAGUGCUCACGACACCAUGUAUGCGGCCAAGCUGGCCGACUUGGAGAAUGAAUUGCGCGAGAUCAGCUCCGAAUUGGCGGGGUCGAUUCGCCGGGAAAUGGAACUGGAGGACCUGAUUGAGCGUCUGCAAUCAGAAGGACCCGAGGUUAACCGGCGGACGAGUGACUAUUUCUCCGACUCGGGCACCAGCUCGAUUCGAUAUGCCCCGGACCGGCAGGAAGACAUUGAGAAGAUCCGUCGGGCAGCGGAGCAGGAACGUGCGCAAUUGAAGGUCGAGCUCUCGCAGAAGCUCCAGGAAGAGCGGAUGCAGCGGACCGCGUCUGAAUCGCAUGUUCAAAUUCUGGAGAAUCAGGUUCAGCAGCUUCGACGUGAUCGAACUGAUUUGUCGGAUCUUUCAUCUAAGACGAAAGAGUUGGAAACCGCUUUGGAGAACACGCGGCGGAAAUUGCUCGAGGAACGCCAAUCCAAAGAUAAUUUUGAAGAUUUACUGACCGCGAUGCGCGUGGAACUGGAACAGUUGCGGAAUGAGCGUGACGUGCUCCGGGAAGGAAAGGCACCGCCGGCAGAGAUGCAGCGCUUGAUCGAGGAGAUCGAGGCCCUAAAGAUCGAGAACGCCUCAUUAGCACAACUGCAAGGCGGACGAUUUGCCUCGAUUGCCGAAGAGGACGGUGUGCAAGGAAAGCGCAAUUCGGCGUUUGGUCUGUCACGGUCCAACUCGGUCGCCCGGAAGCCUCCUAGCGGUCUGGCGCGGUCGGGUUCCCUGUCUCGUUCCAACUCGAUAUCUGGUAGUAAGGACCGGGAGAGCCGUGAGUCGCUGUUUGACAAGGUCAAGGAUAUCGAGGCCCAGCGCGAUGCCCUUCACCGUGCAUUAAAAAGCCUCCUUGACCGCCACGCAUUCCAGGCUCGCGAAUUUGAGAAGCGCGCUCGCAUUCUAGAGAUCGAGCUUGCGCGCGCCCAGGAAUCGGGCUCUCCACAAAAACUGGGCUAUGAGCGGGAGGUUCGUGGCCUGCGAGACGAAGUGAACCACCUCCGCUUGCGCGCUGAGGAUGCGCUGGAUAGCAAGUGGCAGUGCGAGAAGAACCUGGCGGGUCUCAAGAUGGAUUUGGACCGCGCUGAGCAGGAGACUAGCUCCCUGCGGGUGCUUCUCCAGGAGCAUGAUACCCCCGUGCCCGAAUGGCUGGAGGCGGAUCAGGAAAGCUUUGCGGAGGUGAUGGCAACCUCCUCCUCUCUAGAGUCUGCCUUCCAGCAGCUCCAGGCAGACCGGCAACGACUCGAGGCCAGCGGCCAGUCCGCCGAUCUUGAGGCGUCCAUCAUUCGGGCCGACGAACUUGCCAGCCACGUUCACCAGCAACUGCAGGUCAACAGCUCCCUCCGGGGCCGUCUGGCAACCGCCAUCGACAAGGGUGAGCGUGAUCAGCAAAUUUCCGUCCAGCGCAUCAACAUUCUUCAAAACCGGAUGAAGGAGCUCGAAGACAACCUCCUCGUCGCCCAGAACCACUCCGAAGAGGAAAUGGGCAAACACGAGGACGAAAUCCGCCUGCUGAAGGAGAGCCACAGCGCCCAGCUGAUGCGGAUGAAGAACGGUGCUCGCGCACCAGUGGCCAUCUCCCCACGACCACCGAACGCACCCUUCACCAGCCGCUCCCCGCGUCUGGACAAGACCACCAGUGGUGACGGCGUCCCACUGGCCGACGUUAUCCGGGCCGAAGACUUGGAGAAGCACGUCAAGGCGCUGGAGCGCGCCCUCCGCGAAGCAGACAUGGAGAUGGAAGAAGUGGUGGGACGGAUGAACCGCGCGCAGGUUGAUGUGGCCCAGCUGCAAUCUGACAGAUUAUUGUGCGCGAUGGUUUUGAUCUCAUCCCGGCUCGGCUACGAGAUGCAUCGUGUUUCGGGCGCCAGCCAGGCUAACCCGUUUUCUGACAGGGACGACGCCCUCCGUCAGACCCGCCGCCUGCAGGCGGACAUUCAGGCCGAGAGGGAUACUCUCCGGUCCCUAAUGUGA